AUGGCCUCUGGCUACUCGGUCCGCAAUGUUGCAGCUCCCAACACCCUGGAGCACCGCGUCUUCAUCGAGAAGGAUGGCGUCCCCAUCUCCGCCUUCCACGAUGUCCCUCUCUACGCCGAUGCUGACAAGACCAUCCUCAACAUGAUCGUCGAGAUCCCCCGCUGGAGCAACGCAAAGCUCGAGAUCUCCAAGGACGAGGAGCUCAACCCCAUCAAGCAGGACACCAAGAACGGCAAGCUUCGUUUCGUCCGCAACUGCUUCCCCCACAAGGGCUACAUCUGGAACUACGGUGCCUUCCCUCAGACCUGGGAGGACCCCAACUUCACCCACCCCGAGACCAAGGCCAACGGUGACAACGACCCUCUCGAUGUCUGCGAGAUCGGUGAGCUCGUGGGCCACAUUGGCCAGAUCAAGCAGGUCAAGGUCCUGGGUGUCAUGGCCCUGAUUGAUGACGGCGAGACCGACUGGAAGGUCAUUGUCGUCGACAUCAACGACCCCUUGGCCCACAAGCUCAACGACGUUGAGGAUGUCGAGCGCCACCUGCCUGGUCUCCUCCGUGCGACCAACGAGUGGUUCCGUAUCUACAAGAUCCCCGAUGGCAAGCCCGAGAACCAGUUUGCCUUCACUGGCGAGUGCAAGAACAAGGCCUACGCCAUGGAUGUCAUUCGCGAGUGCGCCGAGGCCUGGGACAAGCUCAUCAGCGGUACCACCAAGGUCCCUACCAAGGGUGACAAGCCCCUCAUCUCCGUCAACAACUUGACUGUCGGCAGCUCUCCCUACCGUGUUGCCCAGCCCGAGACUCCUAUCCCCGCUCACCAGAAUGUUGCCCCUGCCAAGAUCGACAGCUCGAUAGACAAGUGGUUCUUCAUCAGCGGUGCCGCUGCCUAA